AUGUUUCCAACAGCCACGCCUGGUUUGGUGUUUGAGGAGGAGAGACCGCCGCCGCCGAACCGUGCCCCUCUGGCCCCCAUGCUGGAGUUCGUCUCUGCCCAGACGGGGGUUCCCGUGGUUGCUGUGGGGGGUGGGGCCAGCCUGGGACGAGAGCCACAGGAAAGCGGCUCCAUCUACCUCCAGUUCACCUGCGCCACUUCACUCCAGCUCGAGGUCAUCUUCGAGGUGCUUGAAGAGUACGACUGGACCUCCUUCUCUGUGGUGACCACUCGUCACCACGGCUACGAGGACUUUCUGGCCAUGGUGGAGGGAAUGACGGACGGUUCAUUCAUCGGCUGGGAAAAGAAGAGCGUGGUGAUUCUUAACGUGACAGAUGACCCUGGCGGGGCCCGAACCAAACGGAUGCUCAAAGACAACGAAGCCCAGGUCCGCCUGCUGUACUGCUCCCUGGAGGAGGCCGAGCUGGUUUUCCGGGCAGCCUGGGCGGCGGGUCAGGCCGGGCCCAGUCACAUGUGGUUUGCCGUGGGACCUGCCCUGUCCGGCUUGGGCCUGGAGGGGCUGCCUAAGGCCUUGUUCGCCAUCCGGCCGCAGGGCUGGAGGGAUGAGCCACGGAGGCGCAUUGCCAAAGGCGUCUCUGUGCUCACCCAUGGGGCGAUGGCUCUCCGGAGGGACCAGGGGGCCACCAGCCGGUCACAGUACGCUGGCAACUGCCAGAGCGACGGCAACCAGACCCAUAGAGUGCCAGACAGAAUCAGGUACUUCACCAACAUAUCUAUUGGUGGGCGGGACUAUUCCUUCAACAGUGACGGUUACCUGUCCAAACCGCUGCUUGAUGUCAUCUCCUACACCAAUGGCAGAGGCUGGGAGGAGGUUGGUUGGUGGGAGAACGGCCACCUGCGUCUUCGUUACCAUCCCUGGUCUCGUUACGGCUCCUUCCUGAAGCCUCUGGAUGAUGCCCAGCACCUCCGAGUGGUUACUUUGGAGGAGAGGCCAUUUGUCAUUGUGGAACCGGCUGAUCCGGGCACCAGCUCAUGUAUCCGGGACUCUGUACCCUGUCGAAUGCCCGUGAACACCAGUUUGGUGGUGGAUGGCACGGGGCCCAUGAAGCACUGCUGCAAAGGGUUCUGCAUCGACGUACUAAAGCGACUGGCAAAAAUUGUGGGUUUCACCUAUGACCUUUACCUGGUGACCAAUGGGAGGCAUGGAAAGAACAUUGACGGAGAGUGGAACGGCAUGGUCGGAGAGGUGGUAUCCAACAGGGCUGACAUGGCCAUUGGUUCUCUCACCAUUAACGAAGAGAGGUCGGAGGUCGUAGAGUUUUCCGUUCCAUUCGUGGAGACUGGCAUCAGCGUCAUGGUUUCUCGCAGCAACGGCACCGUAUCGCCUUCAGCUUUUCUUGAGCCCUACAGCCCAGCGGUGUGGGUGAUGAUGUUUGUGAUGUGCCUGUCGGUGGUGGCUGUCACCGUCUUCAUCUUUGAGUUCUUCAGCCCCGUGGGAUACAACCGCAGCCUGCAGAGCGCCAAGAAGUCAGGAGGAUCUAAAUUCACUAUAGGGAAGUCCGUCUGGCUGUUGUGGGCACUGGUCUUCAACAACUCUGUGCCUGUGGAGAACCCCAGAGGAACCACCAGCAAGAUCAUGGUGCUGGUGUGGGCCUUCUUUGCUGUCAUCUUCCUGGCCUCCUACACUGCCAACCUUGCUGCCUUCAUGAUCCAGGAGGAGUACAUCGACACAGUGUCAGGACUGUCAGAUAAGAAGUUCCAGCACCCGACGGAGCAGUACCCACCGCUGCGUUUCGGCACAGUGCCAAAUGGGAGCACAGAGGAGAACAUCCGCUCAAACUAUCCCAAUAUGCACCAGUACAUGAUCCGCAACAACCAGAAGGGUGUGGAGGAGGCCAUUGAAAACCUCAAGACUGGGAAACUGGAUGCCUUCAUUUAUGACGCAGCGGUGCUGAACUAUAUGGCCAGAAAGGACGAGGGCUGCAAGGUGAUGACCAUCGGCUCUGGUAAGGUGUUUGCCACUACGGGCUAUGGCAUCGCCCUGCACAAGAACUCUCGCUGGAAACGGCCACUGGACCUGGCUCUACUGCAGUUGGUUGGAGAUGAUGAGAUUGAUAUGUUGGAGCGUCUCUGGCUGUCGGGUAUCUGCCACAAUGAUAAGAUCGAGGUGAUGAGCAGUAAGCUGGACAUAGACAACAUGGCCGGAGUCUUCUACAUGUUGCUAGUGGCCAUGGGACUCAGCCUCUUGGUAUUUGCCUGGGAGCAUCUAGUGUACUGGAAACUACGGCACUGUGUGAAGCGAUCUGGUGGCAUGGACUUCCUCCUGGCUCUCAGUAGGGGGAUGUACAGUUGCUGCCAGUUUGAGGAUGAGACAGCACCAGGAGGGAGCAAUUUACCCCAGUACCACACCAUGACAACCAUGUCUACGGCACCCCAACAACACCUUGUUACAGCCACAAUCAAUAACACGACUGCCAUUGCCAUGGUGCAGCAGCAACAGCAACAGAAGCACCACCAACAACAGCAACAGGGGCAGACCUACACCACCAUGCUACCCGGAUCACCACCAACUACAGGACACUCAGCAAUGGCUCUGGGACCCUCAAACAGCCCCUUAUUAGAAGGCCCCAUGCCCUGCUCCACCUUUUUGCCUCGACAUGACCGCAGACUUGCCGUGGUCGAUCGUUGGAACAGGCCAAAGCCAGAGAAAGUCAUGAGCGGAGGCAGUGGUGGAGGAGUGGGUGUUGGAGGGAUAGCAGGAGGGAUCAGUGAACUCCAGGCUCAGCAGCAAUAUCAGCAGAAUCUUGGACAGCACUGGACCCUGCAAGGAGGUGUUCCAGUUGGAGCAGGAGGAGGAGGUGACACAGGGCUAGAUGAAUAUAAGCGCUACUAUGGUCCUAUAGAUCCAGAGGGACUAGGAGCUAACUCAGACCAACAGGCAGGGGGACCCCAACAGACUCCCAAAGCUAAUUCUCGAGGCCCAAAAGCCUCAGGCAUGCCACGUUUGCCUCCUAAAGGCCCCCAACAAGGCCCAGGGCACUUAAUCUCCAAGCCACCUCCACUGAUCCCAUCUUCCCCACGGAGGCCUCCUUUCUGGCGACGAGGAAGCCUAGUUCAGGCAAGGAGAAAAGGCUCAGGAGGUCCCUUGUAUGAGAAUAUACUCCCUCUGGGGAGGAGAGGAGGUGGGAGGUAUGGAGCAAGCGAUGGAGGUGGAAGGAGAGGGCGACGUCCUCCUCCACCUCCUCUGCCUGUCCCCCUUUCCUCCCCAACACACACCCCUACUACUCCCUCCUCACCAUGCCGUUUCUACUCCUCCUGCUCCAGUGCCUCGUCCUCUUCCUCUUCCUCUACAUCAUCGUCAUCCUCUUCUUCAUCCUCUGUCUCGCUCUCUAGGUCAAAUUCCCCCUCUUCUUGCUCAAGUGACAGCUCCUAUAACUCCUCGCUGAGUUUCCGGUAUCGAGCAGGUGACCGGGAUUUUAUGGUGGAUGAUGACUAUGACUCAGAUCUGCUUACAGAGGAGUCCAGCCUCCUUCUGGGGUCACGGAGGAAGAUUCGUUCCCGUCGUAUGUCAUCGCGCUCACUUCCGUGCAGCCCACCACCUCCUCCAAUCCCGCCCCGAAAGCCACGUCCUCAGAGGGAUUAUGGCAGAGAAAGAACAGGCAGCCAGCUGGCCCAAUUACAGGAGUGGUGGGCAUCGUGGGGUGACAGAGAGCGAGGGAGAAGUGGAACAACAAGCCGGGGAGAUGGAGGAGUGGGUAGAGAGGAGAAGAGACACAACAAAGAGAGGGAGCGUGAGAGGAAGAGGAGGAAGAAGGGCAGAAAGAAGAAGAAGAGGGAAGAGAGGGAGAGAGAAAGGGAGCGAAAGCGCCGCAAAACAAAGAAAAAGAGGAAGAAAGAUGACAAGAUAAGGAAGAGAGAGCGGAAGAGGUCUGAGCAGGAGGGAGGAGAUACUGAAAAAAGAGAAGAACCCAAGUCAGGGACACCAGACUACCCGUCGUACCCACCCCUGAGACGAGAGUCUUUUCGGAAAAAGAGUGAAAGCUCAAUCAGAAGCUAUGGCUGGAACAUCCCAGGUGAAGAGGAGAGGAAGGAAAGAGAAGAGAAAGAGAGGGAUGAUGGGGAAGGCGGCCGAGGGAAAGAAAGACACCCCAGGCGAAGGAACAGCAAGCAUUAUCAAAGCUCUAGCAGUAAGCCUUCUUCAUCUGUCAAGUUCUGGGGAGGGGGAAACCCAUCCUCCGACACCAUUCCAUCUGCCUUUCUACCCUUGUUGCCUGUCUCCUCUAAAAGGAGGAAGAGUAAAAGUUCAGACAGGGAUGCUGUAGGUAUGGAGGGAGAGAAGAGGCCAUUGCUGGGACGGAAUGGAAGAGGUGAGAUGCACUCCAAGGAGGGGUUGUCCUUCCAUGAGUGGGAGUCCGAGGUAGAACGUGAAGAAGAAGAUUCUGAGCUUGAGCGGAGGAAAGCAGAGCAUGGAAAGAGGCGUGGAGGAGGAAGGACAAUGUCUGAUGAGGAGCGGGAACGUGAUAAGGUAGUCGGGAUAUAUUCUGAUGAUGAUGGUUCUUCAGGAGAGUUUGGGAAGUUUGAGAGGUAUUGGGAGGAUCAUGAAGGCAGGGCAGUAGGAGGGAUCGGAGGGGGAGGUUGGUUUUUCAGCACCUACCCAUCCAGGGAUAAAGCCGGCAGCAUCAACAGUAGAGAUGAUCUGUUCCUGGAGCGAGGAGAGAGAUGGGGGACAGCAGAAAGUGGAUGGGGAUCUAGUGGAGGUGGUGGUGGUGGUGGUGGAGGAAGAGGAGAAGGAGGAGAUAGAGGGUGGGGAUCAGGAUCACAUUGGCCCCCGCCUCCUCUCACGCCACCACCUCCUCGACGAUACUGGUCAGUGGACAAACUCCACAUACAGGAUGAGAAGAAGAGUAAACGCAAGUCAAAGGACAAGGGAAGAGGGCACGCGGCUUGUUCCUCCUGUCAGUCCCCACGACACCAUCCACACUCCCAUUCCACCAAAUGGGCCCGCAUAACAUCGCGAAGCCAGGAAGAGCUGUACGAACACUGCCAGAGUUUUGGUGGUCCCCUCAAGCCCAAACAUGACUCCUCAUCUUCCUCCAAACCUGAUCGCUCACAAAAUCCAUCCAAAUCUGGCAGCCAGUCAAACCUCAGUAUCCAGCAGCGGACACAGAGAACAGAUAGGGAUCGAGAUCGAGGACGGCAAUCAUCCCCACCUCCGACCCUCAUACCUAACUUGCCACCCUCGCUUCCCGCCCUUCCAGCUCCUCCGUCCUCAUCUCACCCUAUCCACGUUCCACCCCCUACCUCUUCCUCUUCUGUAUCCUCUCCCUCUGUGGUCUCAUCCACCCCAGGGGCACCCCAGCCCUCCUCCAUGGCUUCGGCAAGUGCUAAACUACAGUACCAGAGAUUGCGCUCUGUACCUCAGCCCCAGAGGUUCCCUCAGUCUCCUCACUUACCCCUCAAAGCCAAGAGCCUUUGCUCGCGAAGGGGCUCAGCCCAUUUCUCCAGUGUGGAGAGUGAGGUCUGAAGUUCAACAAGGUAUCAAAAGUCAUAAGCGAGCCCCGCAAGGCUGAUGCUAAGCAGGUGAUCUGGAUCUGAAUCUGCCUGGCAGCAUACAUGGCUGCGCAGCCAAGUCAGUACAGUAUACGCACUGAGCCCUUUCCUAAAGUUCUGCACAAACAAACCAGAAAGCCAAACAAACCCAAUGAGGUUGGUCAAAGGAAAACAGGAGCAAUCUUGUGCUUACUGUUGUUUCCUUUCAUUCCUCUCAGUAUGUGAAAGACUACAACCACAACAACAACUUGCAUUCUGAACUGGGUUAACCAAUACACUUAAGCAAAUCAGACAUUAAAAGUGGUACAGCUGAAGGAGACUCCUUUGCUUUAGACAGUAAAGGGCUUUGGAUGUUGAAGCAGAGCAGUAGUUUGUAUUCAGAUGAUUCUUAAUGCUUACUGAGGGCUCAGGAACUUUGUAGUACUGUAUGCCUGCUGCUCUCGGAAGCCUUUAACACAGAACAGUGUUCUUAUUUUUUCCCUUAAACAAAUUGCUUACCCCUACUUUCCUUUUUCCUUAACAAACUGUUUACACCCCCGCAGAACUGUGACGCCCUCUCGAGGCACGUUUGUUGUGUAUGAUCAAUACCUUCUUGAUUAGAGGGAGAGGAGGGUGAUAACCACCUUGUCUUCUCAGUGUUAUCCAUGCAUCCUCUCUGGUUCUCUUCUCUUUUGUUCUCUCCUAUUUAUCUCCUGUUUUCUCUCUUCUCACCCGCUCUACCACAUUAUUUUCUCUUUUCUUUCUUUGCUUUACCUCUUUUCCCACCUUAUUCACAUGUCUAUCUUCUCCUCAUCUCCCUUGUCAUCUCCUCUCCUGUCCUCCCCUCUUGGCUCCUCUCCUUGAUGUGAUUAUUCUGUGUGUCUGUGCUUUUCUGUGUUUGUAUUCUUGACAACAGGGUAAGUCAACUGUGACUGAUAUUCUACUGGCUUAAUGAAAAGCUGAGUGCCAAACCUAAGUAGAGCUCGACAUCAAUCUGUACAACGUUAGCUGCUGUGUUUCCUUUUAUCUUGCAGAGUAUUCCAUCAUCUCCAAAAUACGCGCACAUGCAAAUACACACUCACAGACACAUAAAAGUGCACAUUAACACCUGCAUACAGUCAAUUCAUUUGUUCUCUUUCUUGAGCAAUACAUUGUUCACACUCUCUUCAUGUUACAAUUUUAUACUUUGAAACCUUUACUUUACUUCUGUGUUGUAGUUGUUGUUAUUGAUGGUGUUCUAUAUAUCAAAACAUGUAUUAAGUCUAAUACAAUGUAAACACUGUGCCAUACUACUCAAGCUGCACAUGAAACAUUCUCUCAACUACCUAAAUACGACGAUGGAGGCAGUGUCUAUUCUCUCCCUGCUUUUGACUGAAUGUAAAGUCAGCCACCAACAAGUGUGCUGCAACAACAAUUAAGACACUUGGAGAUGGAAAUUGUAGCAUUUCUGAUGGUAAGAAUGUGUGACUAAGUUAAGAGACAUGAAGAGAGUUGACUUCAGGUCGUUGUUGAUGUAGCUUUACUUAAGCAACAGUAUGCUACUCUUGCAGUCUUUGCAUAAGGAUUAGACCUGAGUUGAAAAUUUUUUUUGUUUGUUUCUUCUUGCAAGUAGUCCAAUUAGUGCUGAGACGAGAAUGCAGCAAACAUUUGCAAAACAAAACGAAUCAACCCAGGUUUGCGUGCCGUCAAGCAGGAAAUAUGUGUCUAACAUGCUAGGUGGAGCUACACGUUUGUUAGACAAGGUGAAAGAUUGUUGCAGGGAAAUAAAUACGUAUAGCCUUAUGCUAAUUGCUCCUGCCAUAUGUUUUGUGUAAAGUAUGAGUAUGAAGGUAUGUAUUUUAAUCAACAUGGCUGGGGUUAGCCCCAUGCUACCAAGACAGUAUGAUCAGACGGGGAGGAUCUUGAUUUGAAAUUAUAUCUAGUGCAAGUGCCGUUUUGAUGUCAAAGAGACUGUGCCUAUGUUGGAUGCUAGCUAGCGAAUGAGACAGUUUUGAGGAAGUGCUGGAUCUGGGCGAUGGUGUAUGAAAGACACAGUAGCACCUCCUGUGCAAUCCUGUUUUUUAAAAAGGUAUUUCUCACCUUGUAAAUGUGUAACCAAGAGCUAUAGCUUUUUAAUCCAUGACCAAGCUGACACCAGCACUUACACUCAGAUGUCAAGCAAUUAGCUAGAGUAUCUAGUUAUAUCCAUCGACAUUAGAAUUAAGAAUCAGGACACUGGACAUCAGUAGAGUUUUAGAGAAGAGGCAAGAGCCGUUGGCACAACACCGUUUGUGUUUUUCAGUCGGUUAUAAUGCCUGAGCCAUCUUUCCCAUAACAGUCUGGUGAGCGCUUGUUGUUUGCCUGGAACUGCAUCUGAGCCAUAAUUUACUUCAGCUGAAGAAAACAAAAAGAUAACUUACGUUUUUAACAUAA